CUCUGUAUCUCCCCCUUUCUCUCUGUCUCCCUCUCUCAUUCCCUUUCUCCACUGCCAGAGAGAGCGAUGAUCGCAGCAGCGGAGUCUCAGUGAACACAGCGAAGCGAUGGAGAGAUGCUCCAUCUCUCCUGUCGCACGACUGACUGCCCUCGCCUCCCUCCUCCUGAUUGCUGUGGUGAUACAGCCCUCCACCUGUAACCGUGACGACAGUGAAGGCGAGGAGCAGGUGGACGCCCUGUCUGUCCAGCUGUCCGUCACGGCCCAGGUUACACCCACCCCUCUGUGGGCGGUGGUGUGGGGUCCCACGCAGCCACUGGAGGACGAGACCUACCACUUCCUCUCCAGCCAGGAAACGGACCCUCUGCAGCAUCAUGGGAAUCAGCAGGAGGCCAACACCGCCACGUCUAAGGACUGGCCUUAUCCAGGCUCAAGCAUGCAGCCCCGAGAGGAAAAACCACUGGAGGCCAAGGACAAGGAGGGAGUGGAGGACCGAGGGACGGAAGCCGAGGAGACAGAGCCUGAGGAAGUGGACCCUCAGUUCUACGUCACCGUGACCAUCUCCUCGCUGCUCAUCCUGACAGCUGUCAUCAUUGUAGCCAAACUCUGUUACGAUCGCAGUUGUUCCCAGCACCCACCCCCACUUUCUCGUGGCGUGGCACCCCCCCUUACCCUCGCACUCCCUCGCUCCCUCGCUUCAGAGGACAGCCGGCAGACGCUGCACAGCACCUCCUCCUCCUUCACAGACAGGGAGAGGAUCCCAGUUGUGAACCUCUGAGGUGACUGUUUUUCCAUAUGGUAAACGUUUCUUGGGGGCCUGUGGCGGAGCAUCAACAUGACCAGAGGGCGUGCCUGCACUGAUGUUUUCUUUUCUCUCAAACUGUGAAGUGAAUUCAGGGAUCCCAGGUAUCCAGUCGUCACAAAUCUCCUUGGCUUCCCUGAGGUCUGAAAAAAACAACCAAACUCAUUUCCUUCCUUCCUUAUUUGGGUGUAAAUUUCUUUAUUGUGUCUCUGCAUCACAAUCAGCGGCUCCAUGUUUUCCAUCCUCUCUCUGGCCUCGAGCUCUACUAAGCUACCCAACUGCUCUGUGCUUGGACCUGCCAUGACUAAUUCACAAAGUUAAACUGCCAUGCAGCAUCUCAUUAGCCCUUAAACGCCCUACCUGUGCUUUCACAACUGUUCCUAGUGUUUCAGCAGCACAAGUAACGCUGGUCAGCGUUAACUACAAUCCAGCAGACUGUUCAGAUCUCCACGAAACAACACCCAAAUUCAGCACAGAAUCAGAGCAGGUUUUUUUAAAAGCCAUUCUCAGCAUCUCCAAACACAGAAUGGGGUAUUUCACAAAGCUGUUUGGCACAGAUGUAGCCAAUCGGCAAUGUGCUUAACAUGUCACGCUCUGAAAACUGCUGUUUAUUCCCUGCUUUGGGUGCCUGAAAUGCAAAUACUGCAAUGUAUAAAAGAGUCUGUUUUGUCUCAGUUUUUUUCCUCGUGAUUUGUUCUCUUAAUUAUCUGGCUGCCGUUCACCUCUUUGUCGAGCCUCUGCGAGCACCCUUUGUUCCCGCUGGACCACGCAGAGGUGUGUUAAGCAUAAAGCACUUCCACGCGCGGAGAUAAAAUAUUCAAAGUUGGAACGGAUGAGAUGGAAGAGGCAUCCCUGUUGAGAAUCAACGAUUCCCAAAGGUUUUUGGAUGGCGAACAACAAAGACAGAUUUAUGUCUUCAUGGAAAUGGGAACGCUACAAGUGAUGAAAAGGACUGAUGUAACCACAACAAUGAUUUUCUUUUCACUUGACAGCCAAGUAUCAAAAAUGUGGAGAAGAACAAGACUAUCAUCAUUUCCCUUCAUAUCACCAUGGAGCCACAGUAAAUCAGCUGUCUUGGGUGCACCAAAGGAAAGUAGUACAUAAAGGAGCAUCAUUUGUGUCUCCAAUGAAUCUGCAUGUAUACUGUAUGAACAUUUGUGAGAGCUACUUCAAAUCUAUUAUUUAUAAAUGUCUAUUUUAUCAGUCAGAGACGUCUUAUAGAGCCUUUUCAAAGCCAAAUGUCAGUAUGUGUUUGGCAACUUUUCUAAGCAGCUUUGAGACAUGAAACCUCCACUUACACACAUUUCCACUACAGACAUAGUACUGGUGGCAUCAUGUGUGACUCGUGCAGUGCUCCAGAUAUCCAAGUCUUGUGAUUUUUUAGUAGCAUUCCUGUAGAAAUGUGGUCUGUACCAUGGAAGGUCAAUAAAGACUCAAUACUGGUGUUUGAGCUUC